UCCAUAUCUUCACGUGACAUGCACUAAUACAACACAGAAAUUGUACUUGACACCAAUCGAGAAUUUUUCACGUUUUCGUCAUGGUUUACUACUACAGCUCAUCGUGCGCCGGAUGGACACGAGCACUGGAAGAUCUGUAGAAAACUUCGCUCUGUACUUCUUUUCCCUUCUAUUCUUCAUCUCAACAAAGGUGUUUUAGUCAUACCAAUUGCCCAUAUAGUUCAGAAUGACUCUGCUGAGUGACUUCUACACCGCUAUUGGUGGAAAGUCUGUCGUUUCUAAGAAGACAAGGGCCUCGGCUGCUCCAAUCUCCUCUCCUACUCUUGAGCUGUUGGACUCCACCGACCCUUUGGCUACUGUUGUUGAGCUACAACAACAGUUAGAAGAAGGUGAGCCUUUGUCUGUCUUCACAUCCGAUAGUGUCUUGGUUAAGUCUCUUCCUCACUUGCAACAGCUCAAAGAUGUUGUUCUUAAUGUCGAUUUGAAAGACUACCAAUCUGUGAUUGCUGUUAAGGAUUUGGAUUUCGUCACCUUGAUCUCUAAGAAUAACUCUGAUUUGGCCAAGUUCCUCGUUCUUUCCCAUGUCAUCGUUAAGAACUUGGGAAGACCAGUAUUUCACUUCAUUGACCACGCAGCCAUUGCGCAAGACUCAUCUGUUGCAAAACUUGAAAAAUCUCAAUUGCCAGUUGUCGACAUCAAAGUGUUCAGACCUUUGGACACAUCCAAGAUUGUAAAGGCUCUUCCUUCAUCAGUGGAAAACAUUGCAUUGGUACAACAAUCUUACUCUAAACCUGCAUCUAAGUUCUCUCCAUUCCUCCUAGAGUUCUUCCAAGACGGCUCUUUGCUUGUGGAUAGCGGCAUUAAGAAGAUCACCGCAUCCUAUGUUGGUGAUAACAGUGAUCUCGAUUCAUUGGUUAAAGUUCUCCUCUCAAACUUGGCAUUGGAUAACCCAAUUCAAAACUUGUACUUUGGUGAAGAGCAGCAGCAAUCCACAGUGGAUUCUGAGGCUGUUUCAAAAGUCUCCAAGUUGGAGGACAGUUACACAACAAUCUUGAACAACCUCUUUGGCUCAAACUUGGACCUCUUGAACCAAUUUCAGAGUACAAACGUUUCAACCUCUAACCCAGAGUUUGGUUUCGGUAAAUUCAUCCACAAGAAGGAACAAUUGCAACAGUUGAUCUCCUUAGUGACAGACUCUUUGGACAAAUUCCUUACUCCAAGAGCUUCAGAGCUUGUUGAGAAGUUGACCAAAUGGCUUGUACAUGCUCGUGCUGGUAAGACUACUGAUGCUUCACUUGUCAGCUCUAUUGUUGAGAUCUUGGAAGGUGAUUCUUCAGAUGCUGCUCAACAGAUCUUGUCAUUGAAGGAUGCUUUCAACAUUCAAUCGUCUUGGUUGAUUGGUUCUGACUCUUGGGCCUACGAUCUGGGUUCCUCUGGUGUCCACCACGUUCUUAGCUCUAACCAAGAUAUCAACAUGUUGAUCUUGGAUAAUGAACCUCUCUCCUCAAAGACCGAAGAAAAGCCAUUUUCAGUCCAGAGAAAGAAGGAUAUCGGUUUAUACGCCAUGAACUACGGUAACGCAUACGUUGGUUCCAUUGCUAUCUACUCUUCCUACACCCAAGUGUUGACUACUUUGAUUGAGGCUUCCCAAUUCGACGGUCCAUCUGUUGUUCUUGCCUACUUGCCAAUUACAAGCGAGAACGAUACACCUCUUGACAUCUUAAAGAACACCAAACAAGCUGUGGACUCUGGUUACAUUCCUCUUUAUCGUUACAACCCAACUUUGGAGAAUGAGGACUCAUUCAAGCUUGACUCCACUGUCAUCAAGGAGCAGCUCAAGAGCUUCUUGGACCGUGAGAACAAGUUAACUCUUUUGUCCCAAAAGAACCCACAGUUUGCCAGAACCUUGGAACAAUCUCAAUCUUCUUUGAUAAAGCAAAAACAAGACAGAAGAGCAAGAGAGGCUUACAGCCAAUUGCUCGAAGGUUUGUCUGGUCCACCAUUGUCCAUCUACUUUGCAUCUGAUGGUGGUUCUGCAGAGAACGUUGCUAAGAAAUUAGGAAAGCGUGCUACUCAAAGAGGUCUGAAGGCAACUGUCUUGUCAAUGGAUGACAUCGUUCUUGAGGAUCUGCCAACUGAGGAGAACAUUGUGUUCGUUACCUCAACUUCUGGUCAAGGUGAGUUUCCUCAAAACGGUAAGGGCUUCUGGGAUGCCAUCAAGGCCUCUGGUGACCUUGAUUUGGCCUUCUCCAAGAUUUCUGUCUUCGGUUUGGGUGAUUCUUUGUACUGGCCAAGAGCUCAAGACAAGCACUACUACAACAAACCAGCCAAGGAUUUGUUCAACAGACUCACAUUCCUCAAUGCGAAGGAGCUUUGUCCUCUCGGUUUGGGUGAUGACCAAGAUGCUGAUGGUUUCAACACUGGCUACAACUUGUGGGAGCCAGAAUUGUGGAAGGCAUUGGGUGUUGAUGAUAUCAAGACUGCUGAUGAACCACCUCCAAUCACCAACGAAGAUAUCAAGGCUGCUUCUAACUUCUUAAGAGGUACUAUUGCCGAAGGUUUGGUUGAUGAAUCUACUGGUGCUAUCUCUGCCCACGACCAACAGCUCACCAAGUUCCACGGUAUUUACAUGCAAGAUGACCGUGAUUUGAGAGAUUCACGUAAGGCCGCUGGCUUGGAGCCAUACUACAUCUUCAUGGCACGUGUGAGACUUCCAGGUGGUGUCACCACUCCAGAGCAAUGGUUGGCUUUGGACAAGCUUGCCAACGAGACUGGUAACGGAACCAUUAAGCUUACUACCAGAGCCACUUACCAGUUGCACGGUGUUGUUAAGCACAACCUGAAGCAUGCCAUCAGAGGGAUGAAUGCUGCUUUGAUGGACACUCUCGGUGCCUGUGGUGAUGUUAACAGAAACGUUAUGAUUAGUGCUCUACCAGGUAAUGCCAAGGUCCACGGCGAAGUUGAAGCCGUGGCCAAGAAGAUCUCUGAACACCUCUUACCGCAAACCACUGCUUACCACGAGAUCUGGUUGGAAGGAAAGGAUGAGAGAGACGAUGAUCCAUCCUGGACUGAUACCUUUGAGAACAGAAAAGAAGGGCCUAAGAAGGUUAAAACCAUGGUUGCUGGUAACGCUCUUGUUGACAAUGAACCAUUGUAUGGUCCGCUCUAUCUUCCUAGAAAAUUCAAGAUCAACAUCACGGUUCCACCUUACAACGAUGUUGAUGUUUGGUCUUCCGACGUUGGUCUGAUUGCUGUCAUUGAAGACAAUGUCUGUGUUGGUUUCAACGUGCUUGUUGGUGGUGGUAUGGGUUCCACUCACAACAACAAGAAGACCUAUCCAAGAACUGGUUCUCACUUUGGUUUCGUAUACUACGAUGAGAUCCACACUGUCUGUGAAAAGAUCAUGCUUGUCCAGAGAGACUUUGGUAACAGAAAGGACAGAAAGAACGCCAGACUCAAAUAUACUGUUGAUACUCUUGGUCCUGAUGUUUACAAGUCUAAGGUUGAAGAGCUCUGGGGCAAGAAGUUCGAGGCUGAGCGUUCCUAUGAGAUCAAAGACAACAUUGACCACUUUGGCUGGACCCAGGAUGAGUUGAACCAACACCACUUCACCUGUUUCAUUGAGAACGGUCGUGUUGAGGACAGUGCUGAGCUCCCUCAGAAGACUGGUUUGAAGAAGAUUGCGGAAUACUUCCAAUCAAGACCGGGCUCCAAGGGUUCUUUCAGAUUGACCGGUAACCAGCACGUUUUGAUUUCGUGUGUUUCUGACGAGGAGUUACCUGCUGUUAAGGAGUUGAUGGCUCAGUACAAGCUUGAUAACACGGCCUUCAGUGGAUUGCGUCUCUCUUCUGCUGCGUGUGUUGCUUUCCCAACUUGUGGUUUGGCCAUGGCUGAGGCCGAGAGAUACCUUCCAGUGAUGAUCAGCAAGCUUGAAGAGGCUCUUGAAGAGUACGGCUUGAAGCACGAUUCUAUUGUCAUGAGAAUGACGGGUUGUCCAAAUGGUUGUGCUCGUCCAUGGUUAGCCGAAGUUGCACUUGUUGGUAAGGCGUACGGUACUUACAACUUGAUGCUUGGUGGUGGUUACUACGGCCAACGUUUGAACAAGAUAUAUAGACAGAGUAUCAAGGAGGAUGAAGUUCUUGCCAUCUUGAAGCCUCUUUUCAAGAGAUGGGCUCUUGAGAGAGAAGAGGGUGAACACUUUGGUGAUUUCUGUAUCAGAAUUGGUGUCAUCAAGCCAACGCUGGAAGGUAAGUACUUCCAUGACGAUAUUCCAGAACAGUGAUGAAGCUUUUGUAUUUAUUAGAGAUUUUUUA